UCAACUCAACAAAACUGGGUCUGAUUUGAAGUUUUUCUAGUUAAACCAGCGGUUGAAAUCUGUUCGCGCCAGUUCUAGACGAAUUCAAUUUUCGAACCUGAUUGGGCCAGCAACUUGACCGGUUCACAGUCAAACUAGCCAGUCCGGUCCAAUUUUCAAAACACUAUAUAUUGGACACCCAGCUCUAAUUCCUAAUACUACCAUUUAUUUACUAAAGUACCUAUACACCGCACUUUUUGAAGUUGCUCAUAUUGUGUAAAACUGCAAUCGGUGUUCUGAACUUUUUGUACAUUUCCUUAUGGAAAAUCAAUCUGAUCAUGAGAAUUGAUAGUACAUGUUGGCAUUUAGUUUAGUGCCGUCUUUUCUCUUCCUUGCGAGUGUUUUCAGAAAAUCACUCAAAUUGGGACGAAUGACCAUUUUGGGCAUAGGCAAAUGACGCAAAUAUGCUUUCUCACAAAAAUACUUAAGAGAUUCCUCAAUUUGGAUCCAACACGUAAUCAUAAAUUCAAAAAACGGCAUCACAUUUUUCAUUUAGCACACUCACAUUAACUUAUAAAUUUUCUGCUUUUAGCCAUAAAAAAAUUCAAUAAGACUGCCAGGUGGGCUUGAUUAUACUCUAAAUCAGCCUUCCUAGUAUGGGAAUUUGAUUAUACUCUAAAUCACCCUUCCUAGUAUGGGAAUUGGAAAUGACAGUACUGUCAACGUUGAACCUAUGUUGCCUUUCUUGUUUUAUGCCCACUUAGGAAGAUUGGAAGCAAUCAAAUCUGUUAUUGUUUCGUGAUGUCUAUGACUGUUAUUGUUUCGUGAUGUAUAUGCAGUUGACACAGAAAGGACCUAGCAGAGAUGUUACAGGGCGUCCUUUAGUGACACCAACCAAUGCAUCCAAUCCGUGGUGGUCUAUUUUCAAACAAGCAAUUUCUGCCUCUGGUGGGAAACUUGGAAAGCCUGAGAUUCUGUCCUCAACAACUGAUGCUCGAUUCAUGAGACAGAUGGGCAUCCCCACACUCGGUUUCUCGCCUAUGGCGAAUACUCCUGUCCUUCUUCAUGAUCAUGAUGAGUUUCUGAAGGAUACGGUUUUCCUAAAUGGUAUUAAAGUUUAUGAGAAUUUGAUCAGUGCCUUGAGCUCAUUUCAUUCUGACGUCGGAGUAUAAGGCCAUUUUAGGCUUUGUUUGGGACGGCUUUUUUGUUGCUUCUUGAAGCCUUAGUUAUACUUAUCAGCCACUGCUGCGGUCUUCAUAUUUUAUCACGAUUAACAGACUUUAGAUUAAAGGAAUGAUGUACAAGUAUUUCUUGUAUAGUUGUAAGAUGCAAGUGAAGCCAUGAUUGCAACUGAUACUGUAGUUGCUGUAG